AUUCCGCCCCGAGAACUACGCUUCCCGGCAGGCUGCGCGCCGCGCGGUGACGCACUUCACCCAGUCCUGCUUCUUUCUUCUGGCGCCGCCAGUGGCCCGCGGUGCGCAUUUUAAUCCGUUUCACACACGGCGCUGCUACCUCGUUUGCUUCGUGCGUGCGUGCGCAGAUGUGGGCCCCGCGGGAGCAGCUCCUGGGCUGGGCUACGGAAGCUCUGCCUGCCAAGGAUUCUGCCUGGCCCUGGGAAGAGAAGCCUAGAUAUCUGGGACCAGUGACUUUCGAGGAUGUGGCUGUGCUUUUCACUGAGGCAGAGUGGAAGAGACUGAGCCUUGAGCAGAGGAACCUAUACAAAGAAGUGAUGCUGGAAAAUCUCGGGAAUCUGGUCUCGUUGGCAGAAUCAAAGCCAGAAGUCCAUACCUGCCCUUCUUGCCCUCUGGCCUUUGGCAGUCAGCAGUUCCUCAGCCAAGAUGAGCUACACAAUCAUCCUAUUCCAGGUUUCCAUGCAGGAAAUCAACUCCACCCAGGAAAUCCCUGCCCAGAGGAUCAGCCACAGUCACAACGUCCUUCUGAUAAAAAUCACAGGGGGGCUGAAGCAGAAGAUCAACGAGUGGAAGGAGGCGUCAGACCCUUGUUUUGGAGUACAAAUGAGAGGGGGGCUUUAGUGGGUUUCUCUAGCCUGUUCCAGAGACCACCAAUAAGCUCUUGGGGAGGCAACAGAAUAUUAGAGAUACAGCUCAGUCCAGCCCAGAAUGCAAGCUCUGAGGAAGUAGACAGAAUUUCCAAGAGGGCAGAAACCCCAGGGUUUGGAGCAGUCAGGUUUGGGGAGUGUGCACUAGCUUUUAACCAGAAGUCAAACCUGUUCAGACAGAAGGCAGUCACAGCAGAAAAAUCUUCAGACAAAAGGCAGUCACAGGUGUGCAGGGACUGUGGGCGAGGCUUUAGCAGGAAGUCACAGCUCAUCAUACACCAGAGGACACACACAGGAGAAAAGCCUUAUGUCUGCGGAGAGUGUGGGCGAGGCUUUAUAGUUGAGUCAGUCCUCCGCAACCACCUGAGUACACACUCCGGGGAGAAACCUUAUGUGUGCAGCCAUUGUGGGCGAGGCUUUAGCUGCAAGCCAUACCUCAUCAGACAUCAGAGGACACACACAAGGGAGAAGUCAUUUAUGUGCACAGUGUGUGGGCGAGGCUUUCGUGAAAAGUCAGAGCUCAUUAAGCACCAGAGAAUUCACACAGGGGAUAAGCCUUACGUGUGCAGGGAUUGUGGCCGAGGCUUUGUAAGGAGAUCAUGUCUCAACACACACCAAAGGAUACAUUCAGAUGAGAAGCCUUUUGUUUGCAGAGAGUGUGGGCGAGGCUUUCGUGCUAAAUCAACUCUCCUCCUACACCAGUGGACACAUUCAGAGGUGAAACCUCAUGUGUGUGAGGAGUGUGGGCAUGGAUUUAGCCAGAAGUCGUCGCUCAAAUCACAUCGGAGAACACACUCAGGGGAGAAGCCUUAUGUGUGUGGGGAAUGUGGGCGGGGAUUUAGCCGGAGGAUAGUCCUCAAUGGACACUGGAGGACACACACGGGAGAGAAGCCUUACACGUGCUUUGAGUGUGGGCGAAACUUUAGCCUCAAGUCCGCUCUUAGUGUACAUCAGAGGAUACACUCUGGGGAGAAGCCUUAUGCAUGCACGGAGUGUGGGCAAGGCUUUAUCACGAAAUCACAGCUCAUCAGACACCAGAGGACACACACAGGAGAAAAGCCUUAUGUCUGCGGAGAGUGUGGGCGAGGCUUUAUAGCUCAGUCAACCCUCCACUACCACCGGAGUACACACUCCAAAGAAAAACCUUAUGUGUGCAGCCAGUGUGGGCGAGGCUUUUGUGAUAAAUCAACUCUCCUCGCACACGAGCGGACCCAUUCAGGGGAGAAGCCUUAUGUGUGUGGGGAAUGUGGGCGGGGAUUUGGCCGGAAGAUACUCCUCAACAGACACUGGAGGACACACACAGGAGAGAAACCUUAUGCGUGCAUCGAGUGUGGGCGAAACUUUAGCCACAAGUCCACUCUCAGCUUACAUCAGAGGAUACACUCGGGGGAGAAGCCUUAUGCAUGCAUGGAGUGUGGGCGAGGCUUUAGGAGGAAGUCACAGCUCAUCAUACACCAGAAGAUACACUCGGGGAAAAGCUUUAGAGGUGCAAGGAGUGAGGAUGUGAUUUUAGCAACAAGUCAGCCAUCAGCCACACCAGCGGAAAUGCUUAGGGAGAAGACUUGUUUGUAAGGUAAUGUGGACAGAGCUGUACGUGGACAUCAUUACUUGUCACGUGUCAGAGGACAUACUUGGGAGAAGCCUUCAUGGAGUGAGAGUAAGGUGUUGGCUGCAAGUGGCCCCUUAAGAGAUACUUGGAGUCAAAUCUAUCCACUGUACGCCCACCCCACUCUUGUUCUAAGAGCUUUGAGGACUGUCUUUUGACCCCUUACAUUCCUUUAGAUGUGAAGAUCACAGAGAUCUAACUUCUGAGAGCAGAGGUGUCAAGUGACGGUCCCCUUGGAGGAAUGGUCUUUGCAUUUGACUACUUCCUCCUGCAACUGUGUUCUUGCAUUAGCUUCCAUGACACUCUCCUGCUUUAUUUUUUUCUACAUCUCUAGCCUUUGCUGUAUCCUCUCCUACCCCACCUUUAGAUUUUACUCAGAGUUCAGUCUCCAGCCCUACAAUCUGAGGGACACUUUUACCAGAUCCCCUUCCUAACCCUCCAGCGCCAAAUCCAAGAUUCUUUAACCACACUCUAAAAGUUCUUCAGACUCGGGACUUAAACAUAGCCACGCCACCUUGGCCUUCAAUGACAGGGAUCUAGCAAUGCCGCAUCAUCAGCCUCCCAAUACCAGGUUUAAGGGUUUUUUAAACACAGCUCCUCUUAAAUCCUCCAAUCUCAGUACCCAGUGUUUUAGCCAUGCUCGGGUGGCUAAAUUACGUCCAGGAAUGGUGCCAGGGCCUUUAGCCAUUUGUCUCUCCUCACACUCCCAGGGCCCAUAUGGCCCAGGUUCUGACAGUUUGCCUUACUCCCUUGACCUGGGGCUAGCCCUACCUGAUACCCUGUGUCAAUGAGUAUACCUUGGAGAGCUAUCCACUCAGGCCCCAGUGCCUUUAUUUGCUAAGGGACUCUACCACAGAAAAGAAGGGGAGAGAUGUUCAUGCAACCUCAAAAUACUUAGGCUUGCUUGCUUUUGAUGCUAGAGAGGAAGAAGGACUUGGAGAAAGAGAAGGAAUGGCUGGUCCAGAGGCUUUUGUCCACUCACUCUCACUGGAAGUGGUUGAUCUCCAGGGAAUCCCCAAGGUUAGCCUGCUUAGGGGAAGGGCUAGGGGUACCUGGAAUGUAGGAUCUCCCCCUUGCCUGGCCUGCCACCCUAAUGUGUCCAGAAUUGGUGGGUUCUUGGUCUUGCUGACUUCAAGAAUGAAGCCAUGGACCCUUGCAGUGAGUGUUACAAUUCUUAAACAUGGUGUGUCUGGAGUUUGUUCCUUCUGAUGUUCGGACGUGUCCAGAGUUUCUAAUUUCUGGUGGGUUUAUGGUCUCGCUUCAUGAGUGAAGCUGCAGACCUUAGCAGUGUUACAGCUCUUAAAGGCGGCGCGUCUGGAGUUGUUAGUUUCUUCCGGUGGGUUCACGGUCUCGCUGGCUUCAGGAGUGAAGCUGCGGACCUUCGCGGUGAGUGUUACACCUCUUAAAGGCGGCGCGGACCCAAAGAGUGACCAGCAGGAAGAUUUAUCGUGAAGAGUGAAAAAACAAAGCUUCCGCAGCAUGGAAGGGGACCUGAGUGGCUUGCCGCUGCUGGCUCAGGUAGCCUGCUUUUAUCCCCUUAUCUGGCCCCACCCACAUCCUGCUGAUUGGUCCAUUUUACAGAGAGCAUGUUGGUCCGUUUUGACAGGGUGCUGAUUGGUGCAUUUACAAUUCCCUGAGCUAGACACAGAGUGCUGAUUGGUGCAUUUACAAUCCUCUAGCUAGACAAAAAUUUUCCAAGUCCCCACUAGAUUAGCUAGACACAGAGCACCGAUUGGUGCGUUUACAAACCUUUAGCUAGACACAGUGCUGAUUGGUGCAUUUACAAUCCUUUAGGUAGACACAAGUUCUCCAAGUCCCCACUAGAUUAGCUAGACAUGGAGUGCUGAUUGGUGCAUUUACAAUCCUCUAGCUAGACAUAAAAGUUUUCCAAGUCCCCACCAGAUUAAUUAGAUACAGAGUGCUGAUUGGUGCAUCCACAAACCCCGAGCUAGACAGAGAGUGCUGCUUGGCGCAUAUACAGUCCUCCAGCUAGACAUAAAAGUUCUCCAAGACCCCACCCGACUCAGGAGCCCAGCUGACUUCCCCUAGUGGAUCCCACCCCGGGGCUGUGGGUGGAGCUGCCUGCUAGUCCUGCGCCUCACGCCUGCACACCUCAGCCCUUGGGCGGUCAAUGGGAUGGGCAGUGCCCGUCGGGGAGUUUCGGGCUGCACGCGAGCCCAUGGCGGUGGGGGGUGGCUUGGGCAUGGCAGGCCGCAGGUCCCGAGCCUUGCCCCACGGGGAGGUGGCUGAGGCCCGGUGAGAAUUCAAGCGCAGCGUGGCCAGGCUGUCAGUGCUGGGGGACCCAGUGCACCCUCUGCGGCUGCUGGCCCGGGUGCUAAGCCCCUUAAUGCCUGGGGCCUGCGGUGCCGGCCGGCCGCUCCGAGUGUGGGGGCCCCCAAGCCUGCGCCCACCCGGAACUCAUGCUGGCCUGCCAGCCCCGUGCACAGCCCUGGUUCCUGCCUGCGCCUCUCCCUCCACACCUCUCCCCCAGCCGAGGGAGCCGGCUCCGGCCUCGACCAACCCAGAGAGGGGCUCCCACAGUGCAGCGGCGGGCUAAAGGGCUCCUCAAGCGUGGCCAGAGCGGACGCUGAGGCCGGGGAGGCGCUGAGAGUGAGCGAGGGCUGCUAACACGUUGUCACUUCUCACUAAUGCUGCCCCUUUCCCAUGGCCUGAGCUAAAAGCCACAGAAAGUGUGUGUAUGUGUGUGUGUUUAGGGGUUGCUGGGCAGGGGAAGGGUGGGACACCAUCAUUCCACAAGACCUCGAAGUUACUCCUCCCAUAGAAAAAUGAAAGUGGAAAAAUUAGUGAUCAUACAUCUACUUUAAACAUGAGAGGGAGAAAAAAGUGUUCAUUUUCUAUUAAAAUCCAUGUAGGCACUGUCGAGACACCGCACAGAUCUGGUCCGGCAAGAGGACUGUCAGGUCCAGGCAGUCACAGGAAGAGAUUGUAAGCUGCAAUAAAUCUUUCUGAGUCUCUCUUCAAAGGGUUUAGCCUGCUAACUUCCUUAUCCUUGUUCUCAAAUUCAACUUUCUUGUUCUUCCUUACCCCUAGUUACUGUAAACAGCCUACCCUAUUCUCGUCAGCUCUAAUCAAUAAUUCACAUCUGUUCCUUUGGUUACCUGUACCCAUUGUUCCCCCGAAACUGCAUGUCUCACACUCCACCUCUGUAACUCAUGUCCCCCUCCCAAUUGGCCAAUUGGGUCAGCUCAGAUUGUGCAGUCUGACCCCAGCCCAUGGGGGAGUGACACAGAGAUAGGGACUGUGUUAAAGAUAAAAAUCCCCUGGUCUCCUUUGUUCUCUGUGCUCUUGUGAUCUUGAUUGACACAAGUGGCACCGUUCUGCAGAAGUAAAUUACCUUGCUGAGAGAAAUUAAACUUUUGCCUGAGUGCUGGUUUUACUUCAUGGCACUGAGCAUUUCAUCCUAGAGCAUUUUAUGUCCAACAAUUCUGGGGGCUCAUCCGGGAUUCCCAUUCUCCUUCGGGAAGGGGUCUUCAGUCACCCUACCCAGGGGAGACACUUCCCACUGCCCUGUUGCGGUGGCCUCAGGGAUGGGAGAUCGAGACCCACCUGUUGUGACGAAUAAACCUGGACUCUCAGCAACGCGGGGAAGAGAGACUUGCAAUACUGCGGCGACCAGGUAAACUGCACAGACCAAGGUAGAAAACGUCGCAGGGGCAACAAAUUACUUCAGUGGUUUUGCGGGGAUCGGGGCAUUCUGGAGGUUGAAAGUGCAUGAAUGGUAACAAGCACUACUGCUGUGCGGAGUGAGACCAAUCUGCAGUUCCGUGGUCAUCUCAUAUGGCUUAGGGCGGCCCUUUGGGGGUCCCGUCAGGGGUUUAUACUGACCCGCCAUCAAUGCUAAAAGUGACCUGGAACAUUCCCUCAAGGGAAGCGGCCAGAGCGGACAGUGAAAGAAGGGUGCAAGGAAUCUCCAGCAGGUGGAGCUAAAGGAUAGGCGAAUUGGGCCUUAGCAAAGCUUCCAGUGAAGGACAGGCAAGAGACCCCUAAUACGAGGGGUUGAGCCACAAGGAACCCCCCAAAUAGGCGGGAGAUCCCUAAUAUGAGGGGUUGAGCCACAGCAAGCCCUCACUAGGCAAGAGAUUCCUAAUACGAGGGAUUGAGCCUAGCCAGGACCCAGUAUGGUAAAUAAUACAAGCAAAAAAGAUAAAGUUAGCAACAAAGAUAUACCACUGAUAGUCCCCAAGGUCUCAAAGAUAUACCACCUGAUAGCCCCUUAGGUCUCACGCUAAAAGGCUGGAAAGAUAACAAGAGAACUAAACAUAAGACAAAGGAACAAAUGAUAAAAUAUUGCUGUUCUAUUUGGUCUCAAAGACCUAUCCUCAGUCCCUCAAUCUUCUGGCCAAAGUUUGGGUCGACUAAGGAUAUACUAUAUCAACUUUUAAUUCAACAUGUAAGUAAUAAAAGCCCAGUUUCUCAAGAAGAACUGAACUAUGCUCUUUGUUGGAAGCAAAGACCUGUCCUCCCUUUUCCCUUAUGCACCUGCCCCUACUGUAGAACCAGUGACAGAAGGGGGGAUCCUGGCAAAGAGAACAGCACACGGGAUCCCCUAGACCAUCCUCCACCUAAUACCUCCAGUCCCCCUCCUAAUACACCCAACCCUUCCCCUCAGGCCCAGCCUAAGUCCCCCUCCCCAGAAAAACUCCAAGCUCCUAAUUCGCCAGGUCGCUUUUGCUGGGCUAGUAACAUCAAGGAUCCACCGCAACAUGUCUGCAUCGUCCCUCCCAUAGUACGCCCCAGCGGCAGGCAAAGCCCAUGCUCCUGCCCCCCGGCUGGUCCAACAUCCCAGCACCAUAUUGACGGCGGCUCUGCAAGACCCAUGGGCCAGGGCCCAGCCUAUGCCCCAAGCAGACUACAUUAUGGGAUAUCUGCCUUACUUUUGCCAAGGCCGAGUAAUAUGGGGCCUCAGCCGCAGUUCCAAGCAGCUAGGCAUCCCUGCGGCUAAGUCUCCUGAGCAAGUGGUAAAUAAUCUUUCAGCUGAUAUAUCCGCUAGCAUUUAUUGUGGUCAGUCCAGUGUUAAAAGUAAAAAUAUCCACCAGAAAAGAGCUUUGAUUCUUUAAAGUCGCUUUGUUGUUGUUGUUUGAGACGGAGUCUCACUCUGUCGCCCAGGCUGGAGUGCAGUGGCACCAUCUCGGCUCACUGCAAGCUCUGCCUCCCAGGUUCACGCCAUUCUCCUGCCUCAGCCUCCCCAGUAGCUGGGACUACAGGCACCCACCACCACGCCUGGCUAAUUUUUUUGUGUUUUUUAGUAGAGACGGGGUUUCACCGUGUUAGUCAGGAUGGUCUCGAUCUCCUGAUCUCGUGAUCCGCCCACCUCGGCCUCCCAACGUGCUGGGAUUACAGGCAUGAGCCACCGCGCCCGACCUCUUAAAGUCACUUAUGUUAAAAUGUGCUACCAGAAAAGAAUUACAUGUGUAUGAGGCUAUUCUGUUAAAAAGAAUGGUUUAACAUUAACUACUGAUAAUUCGCGUAACCUAGCAAGUUUCUUAAAGAGAGAUCCAAAUCAAAAAGAAAGCACACAUGUUUAGAUUUAACUGAUUACCAUACAAACGUCUGGCCAAACUUAAGAGAAACCCCCUUCAAAAGUGAUUAAGAGAAAAAGAAUGCAACAAGUGUUCAGUGAUUAAUGAAAGUUCCUAGAGAAAAUCAAAGUGUUUAAUAAUUAGUCUAUUCAAAUUUAUAAGCUGUCUGCACUUAGUCAAGCUUUAAAGUACCUGCAGGACCCAAAAGAACCAUCUAUACUAAUUGUAAAUACGCCUUUACGGUGGCUCAUACAUUUAGAAAAUUUCAUACUGAAUUAAUAGUAAAAGUUAAAGCCUUGUUUAUGAGGAGUUAGUCACCCAAGUAUUAAAUAACCUUCAGUUACCAGAAAAGAAAAAAAUAGCUAUUGUCCAUGUCCCCAGGCACCAAAACCCUGUCUUUCAAGAGUCAAGAAAAUAACCUAGCAAAUCAGAUAAGCCAGAAAAUAACCUAGCAAAUCAGAUAAGCCAGAAAAUAACCUAGCAAAUCAGAUAAGCCAGAAAAUAACCUAGCAAAUCAGAUAACGCUACAGGAGCAUUUCUCCUGUAGGUGCUAAAGGGAACUCAGAGAAAUGUUAUUCAGACCUCUUAUGAAGGAAGUCCUUUCUCCAUCUACAUUAGAGGACUUGUUAAAGACCCCAAGCCAUGUAUAGCACAAAGUUUAUACGUGUAUAGGAAUUUAUACCCUGAGCCAAACAAGUCUAGAGACUUGGCUGCCAUAAAUCAAAUGUCUUCUGACUUCUUAUUACUCUAUUAAGAAUCCAAACUACCUCUCAAAGCAAUCCAACAUUCCUACAUACUUGGUUUAUCUUCCACUUUCUCUUGCCUCAGAACUCACAAUUUUCCAGUACAGGCGCCACCCCUAGAGUUUCCAGUACCUCGACACCAGCCUGAGGAGCCAGCCUAGUGCUUCUAACCACUGAAACUGCAGUCCAAACAGCAAGAAAAGAUAGACCUAUCACACCCAAGUCAAGAAAGCACCGCCAUCCCUGAAGUUGUGGGUCAUUAUCCAAGGGAAAAAAACCCCUCAAACCUAAGGUUAAGAAACAUUUAACACUCUUUUAUCUAUUUUAUUCCCCUUUCUUCUUUCCUCAUUCUCUUGCUGACCUUGUUAUCAAUGUAACUAGGUCAGACUCACCCCAAAGCAUUACCUUUGAUGCUUGCCUUGUCAUGCCUUGUCAAAAGGAUGAAUACUGGCAAAGAUAUGUCUCUACUUCAGAAAAAUACCUCUGCCCCUUCAGAGAAGCCACUGACCCCGUGCCUUGCUUAUGGCGGGGGUACCAAGGCACCCCAAGUUGGGAGAUAUGUUCUCAAUGGGCAGAUGUCAUCCUAACUACCAGAGAACACGGCGGGACCUCCCCAGAAAGCUGUACCAACCUAAAAUUUUGCCUCUGCCUUACCAAAGGAAUCAUCCCCUCUAAUUAUCAACUUCACCACUGUAACCCAGUAACAAUCUCUAUUAAUGCCCCUACCUCCAUCAACCCUGCGCCCCCUUUAGAAUGCUUGUAUGGAUUAGGAGCAGAGGUCAAUGGAUAUGACCAUAAGGCUUCUUUAAAAUACGCUUUAUUGACCCCCCUUCUUCUUCUCCAUCUGAAUCUUCUACUCUACCUAACAACAAUGCCAAAGUAAAUAUUGUAGAAGUAAAAGAUUUAAGACAAACCCUAACAAUUGAAACAGGAUAUCAAGAUGUAAAUGCCUGGUUGGAAUAGAUUCAAUAUUCUGUCUGCAUGUUAAACAAAAGCAAUUGUUAUGCUUAUGUGCAUUGCAGACCAGAGGCCCAGAUUGUCCCCUUUCCACUAGGAUGGUCCUUCAAUCAACCAGGCAUGGGCUGUAUGGUAGCUUUUUUUCCAGGAUUCCACAGCCUGGGGCAACAAAUCAUGCCAAGCACUCUCUCUGCUAUAUCCUGAAGUCCAACACCCUGUGGGUCAGCCCCUGAGAUCCAUCCAGCUUCCAUCUCCCAGUGUCAGUUUCACCUCAUGUCUCUCACAACAGGGGGAGAAUUUGGCAUUCCUUGGAAGCUUAAUGGGAUGCAGUGAGCUUAAGCCCUUCCAAGAGCUUACCCGUCAGUCUGCCCUUAGUCAUCCUCGAGCGGAUGUAUGGUGGUAUUGCGGUGGACCCUUACUGGACACUGCCAAGUAACUGGAGCGGCACUUGUGCAAUUGUCCAAUUGGCUAUCCCUUUCACCCUGGCAUUUCAUCAACCAGAGAAAGAAAAACCACAACACCAAAAAAUAAGAGAAGCUCCUUAUGGGUCUUUUGACUCUCAAGUUUACAUAGAUGCCAUUGGAGUCCCACAGGGAGUGCCUGACAGGUUCAAAGCCUGAGACCAAAGAGCUGCAGGAUUUGAAUCCAUAUUUCCAGGGGUAACUAUUAAUAAAAAUGUAGCUUUGAUAAAUUACAUCUAUUAUAACCAGCAGUGGUUUAUUAAUUACACCAGGGAUGCUAUCAAAGGAAUAGCUGACCAAUUAGGGCCUACUAGCCAAAUGGCUUGGGAAAACAAUAGCUCUAGACAUGUUAUUAGCCGAAAAAGGUGGAGUCUGUGUUAUGAUUAAAACCCAAUGUUGUACCUUCAUCCCAAACAACACUGCCCCUGAUGGGAGCAUAACAAAGGCCUUGCAGAGACUUACCGCUUUAUCCAAUGAAUUAGCUAAAAAUUCUGGAGUCAAUGACCCCAUUUCAGGAUGGCUAGGAAAGUGGUUCGGUAAAUGGAAAGGAAUCAUGGUCUCAAUUUUUAUUUCCCUUGCAGUUGUAGUAGGCGUCCUCAUUCUCAUUGGGUGUUGUGUCAUACUAUGCAUCUGUGGGCUAAUACAAAGAAUUGUACAAACACCACUUACUAAAGCCUCCCUUAGUUCUCCUCUACCUUAUUCAAGUAAGCUUUUCCUUUUAAAAGAUCAAAUCAAAUGGCAAAGCCAAGACAUGUUUAAAAAGUUUGAAGAGAAAGGAUCGUAAGAAAAUUAAAAGGGAGGAAUUGUAAGAUGCAAUAAAUCUGAGUUUCUCUUCAAAGGGUUUAGCCUAUUAACUUCCUUAUCCUUGUUCUCAAACUCAACUUUCUUGUUCUUCCUUGCCCCUAGUUACCGUAAACAGCCUAUCCCCCUUCCCAUCAGCUCUAAUCAAUAACUCACAUCUGUUCCCUUGGUUACCUGUAUCCUUUGUUUCCCUGAAACUGCACAUCUCACAUGCUCCACCUCUGUACCUCAUGUCCCCCUCCCCUUUUAUAUUUGGGAAAAUAUGUACAAGUAGCCAAUCGGGUCAGCUCAGACUGUGUGGUCCAGCCACAGCCCAUGGGGGAGUGACACAGAGAUAGGGACUGCGUUAGAGAUAAAACCCCCCCGAUCUCCUUUGUUCUGUGUGCUCUUGUGAUCUUGAUUGACACAGGUGGCACCCUUUUGCAGAAGUAAAUUGCCUUGCUGAAAUAAUUUGCCUGAGUGCUGGUUUUACUUCAUGGCACCAAGCAUUUAUUCCUAGAGCAUUUUAUAUCCAACAAGACUCAGAGGGGACCUCUGUCCGGCCGGGGCAGAUGGCUUUGGGUGCCUUCUAGUCAAGAAUCACCCCUUCCUUUGUCUUCGAAAAGAGGAUGAAAUCAGGGCUGUAAUGGCCUCAUCUGUGCAGUAACAAGCUCAAGGUGCUGUGAGAUCUUCGCAAUAAAGGGUUGCAGGGGAAGGAGGGGUGGGGAAAGGAGUAGCUGAGUCUCUGGUGUAGGGGCUGACAGCUCAUUUCUGAAGGAUGAUAGGGGGCCUCAUUCAAAUGACUGCAAGGCCCAGUAAGUCAAACUGAGAUCAAGCCAGGCUGUCUCCCUGUCAACCUCAUCCUUCAACCCUACCCCUAAGGUUCCCUGGCUCUGCCCAUUUUUCGGUUAUUGUAUUUGGCCCUCCAAAUCCUUCAUCCCCUUUCCUUGAGCUUUGUCCCUCAGUGCAGCUUCUCUCUCAGCACACACCUAGGGACUGCUCUUUAUCCCUCCCUGUGGACUUGUUCUUCAGCACUGAAUUCUCCCUUUGUUUCCCAAAUUUUAUUGAAGUGGUGCCUGCAGGGUAGGAUGGUGGGGAAGAGUGCUUUGGGAGGAGCCACAGAAGGCUCUGGAGGGGCUACUUGUGACCUCUGCUGCUUGCCCAACAUUUGGGGAAUGAGGAUAGGACUUCCCAAGAUCGGUUCCAGCUGUCACUGAUCCCCUACCUUCUCCCUCUCUGAGGAAUGGCUCCACCUCACUUUACCAGUUUUAGCAUCUUAGUGGUCUACAUUUAGGGGCCACUUUCCCAUAAGCCUUUGCGGGAGUGCUCGCUCAGUGCAAUCCCAGGGGUCUUGGUUUUCCGCAGCUGGUCGUUUCCAACAUCACUCUCUUCUCUCCCCUGCCUUGUUAACCCUCCUUUCCCAUCUUGAGGGGUCCCUUCAUGUCCUGGCCUCAGGAAUUCCUCUUUUUAGGCCUUGGAGUGAGGUGAGAAUCAAGAUCUCCACAACUGGCUCCUGUGAUUCAGAUGCUGGGCCCUAUGGUAAACCUCUCCAGGAAAGGAACAGGCAAGGGUGGUGUGAGACUUGGGCAUUUAUAAUGAGUCUUCAAGGGAUCAUGGGCUCUCAGAACCGUAGAACUCAGGACUUGUGAAUCCUGCAUAGCUCCUGGGGAACUGAGAUAACGCUGGGCUCAGAUUAGGAAUCUGGGGCUGCUCGCCACUGGGGGAAAUGAAUCCCACUGUUCACCCUGAUUCCGGUGAUUCAAGGGCCCUGAUUCCCCAGGGCCAUGUUUGAUUAAGAAGGGAGUAAGCCCAAAGGAGAGGCUGUGGAAUGAUGAAUGCGUGGGAGGGAGAUGGUUAGAUGAGGGUUUGAACUUGGAGAUUCCAAUUCCAUGGGGAAGAAUUUUGUGUGGUGGGAGGCUGACAAGUGAGAACUGUGAAAUGUUCUAAUAGAGAUACUGGGGAGAGGUAUCUGUCUUUUGAAAUAUCCAAGCUUUUAUGGAUUUCUAUAUUACCUCUUGUUCUCAAGCUGAAUCUAUACUGAAGAUUUAAAAAAUCUGGUAUAUCUGGGCCAGGUACAGUGGCUCACAUCUGUAAUCCCAGCACUUUGAGAGGCUGAGGCUGGCGGAUUACUUGAGGUCAGGAGUUUGAGACCAGCCUGGCCAACAUGGUGAAACCCCGUCUCUACUAAAAAUUAGCUGGGCGUGGUGCACACACCUGUAAUCCCAGAUACUUGGAGGCUGAGGCAUGAGAAUAGCUUGAACUUAAGAGGCAGAGGUUGCAGUGAGCCAAGAUUGCACCACUGCACUCCAGCCUGGGUGACAAAGCAAGACUCUGUCUCAAAAAAAAAUUUUUGUUUCUUUAAUCUUAAUAAGUGUUUUAUGUAAUUUUAAGUAAAAUGUACACAAAUGAAGAAAUAGAAAAUGAAUUUACUGGCCAACUUCCUCUUUUUCCGGCUGGAACCAUGGAGGGUGUAGAAGAGAAGAAGAAGGAGGUUCCUGCUGUGCCAGAAACCCUUAAGAAAAAGCGAAGGAAUUUAGCAGAGCUGAAGAUCAAGCGCCUGAGAAAGAAGUUUGCCCAAAAGAUGCUUCGAAAGGCAAGGAGGAAGCUUAUCUAUGAAAAAGCAAAGCACUAUCACAAGGAAUAUAGGCAGAUGUACAGAACUGAAAUUCGAAUGGCGAGGAUGGCAAGAAAAGCUGGCAACUUCUAUGUACCUGCAGAACCCAAAUUGGCGUUUGUCAUCAGAAUCAGAGGUAUCAAUGGAGUGAGCCCAAAGGUUCGAAAGGUGUUGCAGCUUCUUCGCCUUUGUCAAAUCUUCAAUGGAACCUUUGUGAAGCUCAACAAGGCUUCGAUUAACAUGCUGAGGAUUGUAGAGCCAUAUAUUGCAUGGGGGUACCCCAAUCUGAAGUCAGUAAAUGAACUAAUCUACAAGCGUGGUUAUGGCAAAAUCAAUAAGAAGCGAAUUGCUUUGACAGAUAACGCUUUGAUUGCUCGAUCUCUUGGUAAAUACGGCAUCAUCUGCAUGGAGGAUUUGAUUCAUGAGAUCUAUACUGUUGGAAAACGCUUCAAAGAGGCAAAUAACUUCCUGUGGCCCUUCAAAUUGUCUUCUCCACGAGGUGGAAUGAAGAAAAAGACCACCCAUUUUGUAGAAGGUGGAGAUGCUGGCAACAGGGAGGACCAGAUCAACAGGCUUAUUAGAAGAAUGAACUAAGGUGUCUACCAUGAUUAUUUUUCUAAGCUGGUUGGUUAAUAAACAGUACCUGCUCUCAAAAAAAAAAAAAAAAAAAAAGAAAAGAAAAGAAAA